CGCUCUCCUUCGAAACCUUCCUAUCCACAACCCCCUUGCUUGGUGAACUCUUGGCGUCGACACGCUGAACUGGCUGGUGAUUCGUCCACGGGGAGGGCCAUCGAGGCUGCUCUCGACUAUAUGAGGAGCUUUGCGUCGCCUUCAUCUCGUCUUGUUUUAAUGGAAUCAGCAGUCGUGCCUCAUCCGUUCUCCAUCAUCUCAACUAUACACUUUCUCUUUCCCCCGCUGCCCUCCUCUUCUACCACACCCUGACGGCCUUCGAGGAAACCUGAGCUAGAGUCAGGAGCCGCACAACACCGACGUCCACCAUGUCGACGCCAACCGCUCAGCCCGCCGACCCUAUCGCCAAGGGCGUCUUGGCCACGGCGAAGCAGUCCUUGAAGGACCUCUUCAUCUGGAAGCAGCGUACCGUUGUCGUCACCCCGGACGGCGAGACGCACACGGAAUGGCAGGAUCCCGACCCCAUCAAGAACCCCAUCACCCUUAUGGCCCAGCUGAGCCCUCGCGACUGGCUCUUCUUCACCUGUGGUUUCUGCGCCUGGACAGCUGAUGCCUUUGACUUCCACGCCCUCUCUAUCCAGACCACCAAGCUGGCCAAGUACUACCACCGCUCCAAGACGGACAUCACCACGGCCAUCACCCUGACCCUUCUGCUCCGUUCCGUCGGCGCCGCCGCCUUCGGUCUGGCCGGUGACAAGUAUGGUCGCAAGUGGCCCAUGGUUGCCAACAUGAUCAUCCUUGGUCUCCUCCAGAUUGCCACCAUCUACAGCUCCACCUUCCAGCAAUUCCUGGCUGUGCGCAGCUUGUUCGGCCUCUUCAUGGGAGGAGUCUACGGAAAUGCCAUCGCUAUGGCUCUCGAGCACUGCCCCUCCAACGCCCGCGGUCUCAUGUCUGGUAUACUCCAACAGGGGUACUCCUUCGGCUACGUGCUCGCUGGCUGCGCCAACCUCGGCGUCGGCGGUGGCGUCGAGACGUGGAAGACGGUCUUCUGGAUCGCCGCCGGCAUUUCCAUCGCCGUCGGUCUCGUCCGUAUCGUGUUCCCCGAGUCCCAGCAGUUCCUCGAGGCCAAGGCGCACGGCAAGAAGUCGGCUUCGCCCGGCGCCUUCUGGAGGGAAACCAAGAAGAUGCUUGCGCAGGAGUGGAAGAUGUGCGUCUACUGCAUCAUUCUCAUGACGUGGUUCAACUACUACUCGCACACGUCGCAAGACUCGUACACCACCUUCAUGAUUUCCCAGAAGGAGAUGGGCAACAGCGGCGCGUCCCGCGCCUCCAUCCUGAUGAAGGCCGGCGCCUGCGUCGGCGGCACCAUCAUCGGCUACCUGUCCCAGUUCUUUGGCCGUCGCCGCGCCAUCAUCGCCUCGGCGCUUAUCUCGGCCUGCCUGAUCCCGGCCUGGAUCCUGCCCCAGGGCGAGCGCUCCCUCAGCGCCAGCGGCUUCUUCAUGCAGUUCUUCGUCCAGGGUGCGUGGGGCGUCAUUCCCAUCCACCUCAACGAGCUGUCGCCCCCGGCCUUCCGUUCGUCGUUCCCCGGUAUCACGUACCAGUUGGGCAACAUGAUCUCGUCGCCGUCGGCCCAGAUCGUCAACGCCAUCGCGGAGAAGACAUUCGUCAGGGCGCCCUCGGGCCACAGCGUCGAGGCGUACGGCCCGGUCAUGGGUAUCGCGACGGCCAUCAUCGCUAUGGGCAUCGUGGUCACGACUAUGUUCGGACCCGAGCGCCGCGGCCGCAGCUUUGAGCACGCUGUUGCCGGCGUUCAGGGCGAGGCGGUCGAGACCAAGGAGAUCGACGACCACGACGAGGAGAAGGGCCACGACGAGGAGAAGGGCAGCAUCGGGGCCGCCACCGUCGAGAAGGUAGCCCCGCACAAGGAGUAAGCCAGUCCACAAGGAGUAAGCCAGUCGCUGCUGGGCUCGGCGACAAUAAGGUUUAUUGUGGGUUUUUUUUAUUACUAUGGAUAUGUUAUAUGCGGAUCAUCAAAGGGGGAGGUGUGUGUGGGAGAUGUGCACACACACGCGAGGAGGCUGAAAGAAGGAAAUCAACCCUCUUUCCUGGAGGCCGGGGCGA